GCAUGUCUGUCUCAGGCCCCCUCCCUCGCAGUGUGUCACAACCGCGGAGGCGGCCGUAUCUGGAGCAGUUGGGGUGGGCAGGCCCAGCUGGGAGGCGAGCGGGCGAAGAGAGCGGCCACGAUGAGGGAAUGCAUAUCGGUCCACGUGGGUCAAGCCGGAGUUCAGAUUGGCAAUGCCUGCUGGGAGCUCUUCUGCUUGGAGCACGGUAUCCAGGCGGAUGGGACCUUCGGCACUCAGGCCAGCAAGAUCAGCGAUGACGACUCCUUUACCACCUUUUUCAGCGAGACUGGCAAUGGAAAGCACGUGCCCCGGGCUGUCAUGGUGGACCUGGAGCCUACUGUAGUGGAUGAGGUGCGGGCAGGAACCUACCGCCAGCUCUUCCAUCCUGAGCAGCUGAUCACAGGAAAGGAGGAUGCUGCUAACAAUUACGCCCGCGGACACUAUACGGUGGGCAAGGAGAGUAUUGACCUGGUGUUGGACCGAAUCCGUAAACUGACUGAUGCCUGCUCCGGCCUGCAGGGCUUCCUCAUCUUCCACAGCUUUGGAGGCGGCACAGGCUCCGGCUUCACUUCGCUGCUGAUGGAGCGCCUUUCCCUUGACUAUGGCAAGAAGUCCAAGCUGGAGUUUGCCAUCUACCCAGCCCCCCAGGUCUCCACAGCAGUGGUGGAGCCGUACAACUCCAUCCUGACCACGCACACCACUCUGGAACACUCCGACUGCGCUUUCAUGGUGGAUAACGAAGCCAUCUACGACAUCUGCCGCAGGAACCUGGAUAUCGAGCGCCCCACAUACACCAACCUCAACCGCCUCAUCAGUCAGAUUGUGUCCUCCAUCACCGCCUCUCUCCGCUUUGAUGGAGCCCUCAAUGUGGACCUCACAGAGUUCCAGACCAACCUGGUACCCUACCCCCGAAUCCACUUCCCACUGGUCACUUACGCCCCCAUCAUUUCUGCCGAGAAAGCCUACCAUGAGCAGCUGUCUGUGGCGGAGAUAACUAGCUCCUGCUUUGAGCCCAACAGCCAGAUGGUGAAGUGCGACCCACGUCACGGCAAAUACAUGGCCUGCUGCAUGCUCUACCGCGGUGAUGUGGUACCCAAGGACGUGAAUGUCGCCAUCGCUGCCAUCAAGACCAAGAGAACUAUUCAGUUUGUUGACUGGUGUCCCACAGGCUUCAAGGUGGGCAUCAACUACCAGCCACCUACUGUCGUGCCAGGAGGGGACCUGGCCAAAGUCCAGCGGGCUGUGUGCAUGCUGAGCAACACCACAGCAAUCGCGGAGGCCUGGGCCCGCCUUGACCAUAAGUUCGACCUCAUGUAUGCCAAGCGGGCCUUUGUACAUUGGUAUGUUGGAGAGGGAAUGGAAGAAGGAGAAUUUUCUGAGGCCAGGGAGGACCUGGCUGCCCUGGAGAAGGAUUAUGAAGAAGUGGGGACUGAUUCAUUUGAAGAAGAAAAUGAGGGGGAGGAAUUUUAAAUAUACACUUGCCCCAUGA